CAGUCUUCUAGGUAAAAGAGAUGGCAUUUUAUCCCCUGCAAAUCGCUGGACUGGUUCUUGGGUUUGUUGGCAUGGUUGGGACUCUUGCCACCACACUUUUGCCUCAGUGGAGAGUCUCAGCUUUUAUUGACAGCAACAUUAUUGUCUUUGAAAAGAUCUGGGAAGGGCUCUGGAUGAACUGCAUCCGACAAGCCAGAGUCAGACUUCAGUGCAAGUUCUAUAGUUCUUUACUGGCACUUCCACCUGCCCUGGAAGCAGCUCGGGCUCUCAUGUGUGUGGCUGUUGCUCUCUCUUUAAUUGCCCUACUGAUAGGCAUCUGUGGCAUGAAGCAGCUCCAGUGCACAGGAUCUAAUGAGAGGGCCAAAGUGUAUCUCAUAGGCACAUCUGGAGUUCUCUUCAUCCUGACAGGAAUCUUCGUUUUGAUUCCGGUUUGCUGGACAGCCAAUAUUAUCAUCCGGGAUUUCUACAAUCCAGCGGUCCCCACAAGUCAGAAACGAGAGCUUGGAGUGGCACUUUUCCUUGGUUGGGCAAGUGUGGCUGUCCUCUUCAUUGGAGGGGGUCUGCUCUGUGGAUUUUGCUGUUGUAACCGAAAGAAGAAAAGGUUCAGAUAUCCAGCACCUGGAUACGCAGUGCCACAGCCAAAUAAACCAAGAAACAUGACAGCGAAUAGUAGGACCUCCACCAGCUAUGUCUAA